AUGGCCCUUGCCGCCGAUCCGUCUCCAUCAUCUCGACCUUCCACAUCCCACCUCAACGCCGCAUCGCACAAUUUGGAGCACAGUACGCACUCGGAAACGCGACGAGGUCGAGCAGGCGCUCGGUUACGAAAAGGACGCGGUGCGGCGGCCUCUGCUCCGAGCGACGUCGAAGGAGCUCCGCAAGGACCUGCUGCUGACCGGGGCGCGCCUAGUGGGUCACGCGGACGGGGUAGAGGCCGAGGUCGAGGCAGAGGUCGUGGCGGAGCAGCAGCAGUUGGAGGUGGACGAGGUCGUCAAGGGGCAGAGGUGUCUAAUGAUGCUGAGCAUGCUCGGGGCGGUAGUGUCGCAGCACCGAUAAAGAGCGCAGGACGAAGAGAAAGGUUCGGUGGCAAAAUUUCUGGAGCGGAAGGAGCUGCUGUCAAGGGCGCUAGGAGUGCGCAAGGAGCUCGGGAAGAUGCUAAGCCUGCUGCGCCUAUCGAGUACGUCGACUUGCGCUCGAGACUCGUAGCAGAGCUGGGAUCUGGUCAGUACGACUGUAGCGUGUGCUACAGCUCCAUCACUCGAAGGGUGGCCGUGUGGGGCUGCGACAAGUGCUUUGCCGUUCUGCACCUCUCUUGUGCCCGACAAUGGGCCGAGGCUAGCGUUCAGAAAGCCGAAGAGCAGAAUGCCAUGCAGGAAGAUCCGAGCAUCAGAAACAGAAAAGGAACGUGGAGAUGUCCUGGGUGUCAGUAUUCCAGGGAGCAGGUACCCACCGUGUACAAAUGCUGGGAUGGACAGGUGGUGGAGCCGAAGAGCGGCAAAGGAGCACCCGCGCAUUCAUGUGGCAGGCCGUGUGCGAGAGGGAAGUGCCAGCACGGCUGCUCUGCUGGAUCGUGUCAUCCAGGUAAGAGCAAGAAGGAUGACCUUGGGUCUGAUGUGUCGUUCCAGUAGAGCUAAUCGUCGCUUCGCAUCACAGGUCCUUGCCCACCCUGCCCCGUCACCUUGACGCGAAAAUGCUUCUGCGGCUCGCAAGAGAUUGCAGCUCGGUGCUCGCAGAUCAGCAAUCAAAGCCGCGCAGCAGGUGCGACAUCCGUCCCAGGCUCCUCGGCCGCCCAAGGAGUCUCUUGCGGAUCCACAUGCGACAAGCUUCUCACCUGCGGCGUUCAUCGCUGUGAGCAGGCAUGCCAUCCUGGACCCUGCGAAGCAUGCGACAAGCGCACCCAGGCUCCUUGCUACUGCGGAAGGGAAAGUCAAGAUAUGCUCUGCGGCGGAGGCGAGCCUCGCAGCAGCGCUGAGGCAGAUGGAAAGGAAUGGACAGGCAGAUGGAGUUGUCAAAGUCAAUGCAAGAAGCGAUUUGAUGUGAGUACUUGUCAAAGUUUUUUGUUGUGUCUGCGAGCGCGCACUAAUGCGCUGCAACUCGCACAGUGUGGCAAACACUCUUGCGAACAGUCUUGCCACCCCCUUACAGCGGGUCCGACUCGCUGUCCUCGGGCCCCGGACCUCGUCAAGACGUGCCCUUGUGGAGCAGAAAAGCUGA